AUGAUUACAAAGAAAAUAGUAUUCUUCGUAAUGGUGGAUGUUCCAACUUUCCAAAUCAAUCAAAAGGAGCUUCAAAAUAUUGUCGGUUUUAUUCACAACAAGGAAAGAGUCUUAAAAAAAUAUGGUGCAAUUAAAAUUCAACCAAAUAUUCAGUGUAAAUUUGCGCUGAAGAAAAAGCCAAAAAAAUUAGUAUUACAUCCGAUAACCAAACGGAUAGCUAAAGUGAAUUCAAAUAAUCUUAUCUAUUCUGUGCGAAAUAUUAGUCGUAAUGAUAAAGUUAACGAACAAACAGCAGUCAUAAGCGAUGAAUGUAGUCCUUGGUCAGACUUAUCUUCAUAUUUGAACAACGAUCAGCGACAAUUAAAUAUAUCAUAUUCUUUAAAUAGUACGUUCUUUCUUAAAAAAAUGGCACAAGUUAAUUUUGAUAUUCAUCGUAUACCGAAGAUGUCACUACUUAGAUUAGCUGGAAAAGAAAUCAUAAGUGAAUGCGUUCCAUGUGUAAAAAGAGCUCAUGGAAUAGGUGCGAUCUUUCCAUUAAGUUGUACCGAACAACAUCUCUUUUCACUUGAUUAUCAUCAUGAAGGCGGCAUUCAUCAUUGGUACAUUAUUCCUAAUGAUAAACGAGAGGCUCUCAGUAGAUUAAUUAACAAAGAAGACUCGUCGAUCUGUCUUGAUCAUGGACAAAUAGUGAUUGAUCCCUUGUUUUUAGACAAACAUCAUAUUCGAUAUCAUCGAAUAAAACAAUGUCCAAAUGAGUUUGUAGUUUUAUCAGCUGACGCUCUCUCACAAAGUUUCGCAGAGGAUGCCAGUUGGAGCGAAUCAAUUGUUUUUGCAUUACCUAGUUGGGUCGAAGAAGGUCAUGCGAGUAAACCAAGUUCAUCAUGCCAAUGCGAUAUUUUUAACAGAUCAUUGUCAAAAACAAUUGAUGAUACUGUGUUCAGUAAGGAAAUGAUACAACAAUACAUUAAGUCAUAUCUCGAUAACAAUACCAAUGAUAAAUCUAUCAUAUUAAAAGAUCAAAACUAUUCGAGUGUGAUGACAACAUCAACAAUGGACGACAUGCAAAGUAGUUCAUGUAACGAUGAGCCUAUUAUACCGUCGAAUGUGAAAUUGAUGUUUUCAUCACAGCAAGUCGUUCCUUCACAUGAUUCUGCAUCAAAUGUAUCCACGACAUCCCUUAUCAGCAACUUUUUAAAUGAAGAUGGCAAAUAUGAAUCUGAUAUUAAUAAUGGUCAAUUUCAAUAUCAAGUGCUGGAGUAA